AUGCGCGCCGCGGAAGGAUGCGCGGGAUGGGAGAGCAGGGAUUCUUCGCAGGCGCCCGGAGGGGGGCCCCCAGGUAGGGGGCCCCCCGCGUGUGCCACUGCAUCGGCGUCGGCGGCAGUGUGUCAGAGCACCGGUGCGGCCACAAAAGGGGGCCUCUCCGUCCCAGCACACUCGCCUUGCCGCUCACACAGCUCCCCGUUUGGCUGUUUCUCCGCUGGAGCGUUGGCUGUGACGUUGCCGCAGAUCUCAGGGGCCCCACCUGCCUCGCAGUGCAGUAUAACAAAAGCAUACAGGCACUCAGCGAAACUGCAUGCACAACGAGGAAUGCCGGAGGGCGUCUCGGCACUGGACCAUGGAGGCGCAGGAACUCCCCGCUUUGUGCUGCACCUCGAUCUCCCUCCCCUAAGAACCCUCUCGGGAGCCUUGGACGUGUUGCUACAGACGAAGGCACCCACUGAAGCAGUCGCGAUACCUGCCGCAGCUUCCCAGGAGGCCAAGGCGCUCUUCGCUCCAGCGUCUCGCGCCGCUGGGGAGGGGCCCCGCAGUGCAGGCGAUCUCCACAAUGCGGGGGGGGCCCCUGGGGGGCCCCCCGCCGGUGGGGUCGCAGGAACACCUUCAGGGGGCAACCUGGCCGGGGGGCCCCUAGAGGAGGCCCUUUGGACGCUGGUGGUAGCUUUGCCGGAGUGUGCCGCUUUCCGUGUGGGCUCUUUGCUGCGUCACCUGUGCGGGGAUCUCCUUAACGACCUCACCGCUCUGUACCUUCUCCCGUCCCCCAUUGAGCAGCAGCACCAGCAGGAGCAGCAGCAGCAGAGGCUGAAGGAGGGCGUAGGCGGGAGGCCGCUCUACGCCGUGCUCUGCAGAUGGAGCUCGCAAGCAGUAGGAAGGCGCUUUGUGCAGCGAGCUUCCGGAGUGGGGCCCCAUUCUCUCGUACCGGGAGCAGCAGCAACAAACACUGCAGGAAGCGUGGAAGCGAUGUGGCAGCUCCCUGGGUGCCCCGUGUGUCUCUCUCGAGCUGACGCGUCUGCCUCUGGCUUAUACACCCUGCCCUUCUCUUGGCUGGGCUCUGCCGCCGCCGUUCGUGCCGCUUCCAGAGACGCUGCAGCGUUUACACCGACCCCACCGGAGAUGCCUGAAGAAGGAACUUCCGCCGCUGCAGCCCUGCGUGCUGCGGCUGCUGCUGCACUCUCGCACUGCGCUGCAUGCGCUGGCGUCCUACACUGGAUGCUGCUGAAAAGACAACAGCAACAGCGAGCGCCAUCGAGACCAACACCCGUAGGGGUCUGGUGCAGAAUCUUCUUCCCAUCGCGCUCCCGAUGCUCUGCCAGUGGGCAGAACUGCAGCAACGGCAGUCCGAUAGACUCCUCCCUCUCUCCUCCGCUCCUGCUCCCUGCAAGCCAGCCUUGUCGUGCUUCAGCGAUUUGCCGCUGCUCCGCCCCUGUGCCGCCUUCCCGCAGGCUGCGGUCGUUACAAAGGAGGCCAUGCGAAGAGGCACUCGACCUCGCAACACCACUCGGGCCCCCCUGGAUUCGCGUCGUGGGCAGCGGGGGAGGCGCAGGGGGCCCCCAGCACGGAGGGGCCCCCUCGACGACUUCCCUUACUUCUCCACACGGAGCGACACUCCCAGGCGGAACACGUCGACACCCCCAGGAGACUUCCAGCUUCGAACUGCGUAUGGGCUUGGAGAGACUGCGCUGUGUGGCUACUGAGACGACGCCUGCGCGGCACGGGGGGGGCCCCCUCGCAGCAGCAGCUGCUGCUGCGGAAUGCUUCGCCGACUCCAAGGCAUCUGCAGCGACUGAGAACGGUGAGGCAGCGGGGGAGGGGGGCCCCUCGGGAGGCAACGAAGCCUGUGGAGGGGCCUCCAGCAGAGCGCGCGAUGCUGCCGCAGGAUUAGCGGACGGCGCGGAAGAGGAAGAAGAGGGCCUUGAGGGAUGCGGGGAAAGCCUCGCAGACGGAUGUCUUGCUGGAGCACAUGCGCAGCUUCCUACGGAUGCUCAGGACGGCGUGCAGGAGCAACAGCUGAGCCUCAUUCUCUCAUCUCAGCUGGAGUAUCAGCGCGAAAUCUACGAGGUUCGUCUGCACGUGUUGGCGAGCUCCCUGUUGGGGGAGUUGGAGCUGAAGAAUGCACAAAUGAGCAGUCUGGAGGAUCGAGCUCUGCAUAUUCAGGUGGAACUAGCGGACUUGGCAUGCAGGCGGCAGGACCUCUUUGCCUCGAUCUCGAGUUUGGAGAAGGAGAAUAAGGCGCUCUCCGAGGAGCUGCUCUUUCUCACGCAGCUCACAGCGGCUAUGCAGAGCGACGCGAUGAAGCAACCCAAUCCAAGUCCAACGAGCACACCCGCGAAUGCCACGGAGGGCAUUAGCAGGACAGACGGAGAAGUUGCUUUUGCCGAGGAUGCCUUUUCUGGGAGGCGCCAUGCGAGACAACACGCCGAUAACAGCAGCAGCAGUCAUGGAUACGCUGAUGAACAGACACCCCCUGCUGCAGCAACAGCCGAAGAUGAAGCCGAUGGGAGUGGGGGUGGUCUUAGUCCUGCUGCUGCUGCUUCGAAGUGCAAACGGCGCAAGUCAGCAGCAGCUGGUGCUGCUGCAUCAUCAUCAUCUGCGGAAACAGGCAAAAGCGGCAGCAAGAACUCCAAACGCAUCACGCAGCUCGAGGCGACAGUCAAGCGUCUGGAAGAAGAGGUUGCUAGCCUCAUUGAGGAGGUCGCAAGGCUGGGUGAGGCAGAGCCAGCCGCUUCUGGGCGCAGCUAG